AUGUCUGGACCGUUGGAUCGAUUUGCGAGGCCUUGCUUUGAGGGCUCAUCAGGUAACGAUGAGAGAAGAGAAAGAAAAUCUGAUUUUGAGAAUUCCGAGGAUGAUAGGAAGACAAAAAUUGGUUCCCUGAAAAAGAAAGCACUGAAUGCAUCCUCGAAGUUUAAGCAUUCUCUGAAGAAGAAGAAGAAGAAAAGUAGAAGCAAGAACGAAGGUCGAGUCAGCUCCGUUUCGAUUGAGGAUAUCCGAGAUGUCGAGGAUCUAAAAGCUGUUGAUGCAUUCCGACAAGCCUUAUUGUCAGAUGAAUUAUUACUAGCGAAGCAUGAUGAUUACCAUACGAUGUUGAGGUUUCUGAAAGCAAGGAAGUUUGACAUUGAGAAAGCCAAGCAGAUGUGGGCUGAUAUGAUUCAAUGGAGGAAAGAUUUUGGUGCUGACACAAUUUUGGAAGAUUUUGAAUUUAAAGAGUUGCAUGAAGUUUUGAAGUACUACCCGCAUGGCUAUCAUGGAGUUGAUAAGGAGGGAAGGCCAGUGUACAUUGAGAGAUUGGGGAAAGUUGAUCCAAAUAAACUUAUGCAAGUUACGACCCUGGACCGUUACAUAAAAUACCAUGUGAGAGAGUUUGAGAAAUGCUUUGCAAUUAAGUUUCCUGCGUGUACCGUUGCUGCCAAAAGGCACAUUGAUUCAAGCACAACAAUUUUGGACGUUCAUGGUGUUGGUUUGAAAAACUUUACUAAGAGUGCGCGUGAACUCAUUAUGCGGCUUCAGAAUAUUGAUGGCAAUAAUUACCCUGAAACGCUCCAUCAAAUGUUUAUCAUUAAUGCUGGUCCAGGCUUUAGACUACUGUGGAAUACUGUAAAGAGCUUCUUAGAUCCCAGAACCACUACGAAAAUUCAUGUUCUUGGAAACAAAUACCAGAACAAGUUGCUUGAAAUAAUAGAUUCCAGUAUGUUGCCAGAAUUCUUGGGAGGAAUGUGUACCUGUGCAGAUCAAGGGGGUUGCCUGCACUCUGAUAAAGGACCAUGGAAGAAUCCAGAGAUUCUAAAGAUGGUACUCAAUUGUGAAGCACUACGUGCCAGGCAGGUUGUUAAAAUUCUCAACAGUGAGGGGAAGGUCGUUUAUGCUAAACCACACUACCCAAUGGUUAAAGGCAGUGAUACUUCUGCUGAGUCUGGUUCUGAAGCUGAUGAUAUUGCUUCACCAAAGGCCAUCCAGAGUUAUUCUCAUUUUCGCUUGACUCCUGUUCGUGAGGAGGCUAAGACCAGUGGAACACCAACCUAUUAUGGUAACUUCUCAGGAUAUGAUGAAUAUGUUCCCAUGGUUGACAAGGCUGUUGAUUCUGGAUGGAAGAAGCAAGCAUCCUUUCAGAAGUAUAGUGUCAUAAAAGAGACAUUUCCAGCACCUGAUUCUCAAAAGGCUCCAGAAGGACUGCAUGCUCGGAUUUUGGCCGCUCUUAUGGCAUUCUUCAUGACCCUUUUCAUGCUCUUCCGCUCAGCAUCAUGCCGUCUCACCAAAAAGGUUCCUGAUGCAUCAUCACAUCAACAAUCAAUCAUUACGGAAAUUGCCUUUGACGCAAGCCCAAAGGAGGAAUUUCGACCGCCAUCUCCAACACCAGCUUUUUCAGAGGGAGAAAUGCUUUCUUCUGUAAUGAAUAGGUUGGACGAACUUGAGGAAAAGGUUAAUGCUCUUCAAACAAAGCCAUUUGUAAUGCCCUGUGAGAAAGAAGAACUGCUGCAUGCUGCUGUUUGUCGAGUGGAAGCCCUAGAAGCAGAGUUAAUUGCUACCAAAAAGGCUCUGCAUGAGGCUUUGAUUAAGCAAGAGGAGCUGCUUGCUUAUAUAGAUGGUCAAGAAGAAGCCAGACUUCAGAAAAAGAAGUUUUGUUGGUAA